CCCUGGCUCCAUCUUGCGGGCCGGGCUGGCUGGGGAAGUGGCGCGGCUGGGCUACUCGGCGGGCAGAAUGUCUUACCCAGGAUACCCCCCUACAGGCUACCCAGCAUUUCCUGGAUAUCCUCCUGCAGGACAGGAGUCAUCUUUCCCACCUCCUGCUGGUCAGUAUCCUUAUCCUGCUGGCUUUCCUCCAAUGGGAGGAGGAGCAUAUCCUCCUGCACCAACUGGUGGUUUCCCAGGAGCUGGAGGCUACCCAGCCCCUGGAGGCUACCCUGCCCCGGGAGGCUACCCUGGUGCCCCACCACCAGGGGGAGCUCCAUCUUAUCCUGGAGCUUCUCCAGGCCAGGGAUUUGGAGUCCCACCAGGUGGAGCUGGCUUUUCUGGUUACCCACAACCGCCAGCCCAGUCAUAUGGUGGUGGACCAGGCCAGAUUCAAAUCCCAGGUGGGUUCCCUGGAGGACAGAUUCCUUCCCAGUAUCCUAGUGGCCAAGCUCCUGCUCCUUACCCUAAUCAGCCAGCAGCCAUGGUUCAAGGUACUCAGGGGACAAUCCGACCUGCUGCCAACUUCGAUGCUUUGAAGGAUGCCGAAGUUCUCCGAAAGGCCAUGAAAGGGUUUGGGACUGAUGAGCAAGCAAUUGUGGAUGUUGUUGCCAGUCGCUCCAAUGAUCAAAGACAGAAAAUUAAGGCAGCUUUUAAGACCAUGUAUGGAAAGGAUUUAAUCAAAGAUCUCAAGUCUGAGUUAAGUGGAAAUAUGGAAGAACUGAUACUUGCCUUGUUUAUGCCACCUACAUAUUAUGAUGCUUGGAGUUUACGGAAUGCAAUGAAGGGAGCAGGAACUCAAGAAAGAGUAUUGAUUGAAAUUUUGUGCACAAGAUCAAAUCAGCAAAUUCGCGAUAUUGUCAAUUGUUACCGAUCAGAAUUUGGACGAGAUAUCGAAAAAGACAUUCGAUCAGAUACCUCAGGACACUUUGAACGAUUACUUGUAUCCAUGUGUCAGGGUAAUCGUGAUGAAAAUCAGAAUGUGAAUCAUCAAAUGGCUCAGGAAGAUGCUCAGCGUCUUUAUCAAGCUGGCGAAGGGAAACUGGGGACAGAUGAAUCCUCCUUUAACAUGGUUCUUGCCACAAGAAGCUUCCCUCAGCUAAGAGCAACCAUGGAGGCCUAUUCCAGAAUUGCUAAUCGAGAUUUGUUAAGCAGCAUUGGCCGAGAGUUUUCUGGAAAUGUAGAAAAUGGUUUGAAGACAAUCUUGCAGUGUGCCUUGAACCGUCCGGCCUUCUUUGCUGAGCGGCUCUACUACUCCAUGAGAGGGGCUGGCACAGAUGACUCAACCCUCGUGAGGAUUGUCGUCACCCGGAGUGAAAUUGACCUUGUGCAAGUGAAACAGACGUUUGCACAGAUGUAUCAGAAGACACUGGGGACCAUGAUCUCCAGUGACACCAGUGGAGACUAUCGCCGCCUGCUCCUGGCCAUUGUGGGCCAGUAGAAGGAUUGUUUUGUUUUGUUUUGUUUUGUUUUGUUUUAAAAGAAAUUGAACUAUUCCAGUCUCAUUCUCUUGAAGACAACUGUCUUGCAUGCAGCAGAAUCAAUGGUAGCCUAACCAAAUGUGCUUUUUAUUAAGGACACCAGUCAGAGUUAAUGUGCUUAGUUUGCACAUGCUAUUCUUGCCUUAAUUCUAAUGUUAUUUUUAUUCUAUACAAAAUCAAUGUCAAGCCAUGAUGUGACAAUGAUGUAAUAAUAAUGUAUUGUAUGGGGGAAACAUAACGUUCACCAUUACUGUCUUAUUCAGAUCAAGAUUAUGGAACAAAUAAAAAUUAUUACAGUCUAGCCCUGCAUAAUCAUA